AUGGAGAGUCUUCGCCUCAUCAAACAUCUAGUGCGGCCAGGGGAUUACAUGGCCAAACUAGACCUGACAGACGCAUACUUUACCAUCCCAGUUCACAAAGACGAUCGCAAGUAUCUGACGUUUCACUGGAGAGGAAGAUUCUACCAGUUUCAGUGCCUACCCUUCGGCAUCGCCACAGCACCUCGUGUCUUCACCAAAGUGAUGAAGGUACCCAUCGCACUUCUGCGUCGGCGAGGGUUUCGUCUGGUGGUGUAUCUCGACGAUAUUCUAGUGAUCGCUCGCUCAAGAGAGAUGUGUCGGAAGGUGCUUCAAGCAGCCAUCGAUCUGAUCUCCAGUAUGGGAUUCGUACCCAACUUAUCCAAGUCGGUACUGGAACCAACUCAGCGUAUCACCUUCCUCGGCUCAGGCGUCGAUUCAACACUGAUGGUGAUGUACCUUCCCGAGGACAAGGUGUCAGCUAUACAGCAGAUGGCAGACACACUUCUGUCAACAGACUGCCCGGUGUCAGCAAGAGAUCUUGCAGGGAUCAUCGGGAAGCUACAAGCCACAGCACCGUCGGUCUGGCACGCUCCACUUCACUUCCGGAAUCUUCAGCGUCUGCUUAUCAGAGCUCUGCGAACGUCAAGAGGUCACUGGGAAGGUCAAGUCUCUUUGACAGCAGCCGCCCGCACGGAUCUGGUCUGGUGGAGAGACCAGUUGGCCAACGCGAACAGCCGACCGAUUCUCGCUCCCUCAGCGGACUUGGAGGUAGAAUCGGAUGCGUCAGGUACAGGUUGGGGCGGCUUCUGCAAUGGCGUCCACACCGGAGGCCGUUGGACAGAGAGAGAGAGCAGAGCUCACAUCAACGUCCUAGAACUUCAGGCAGCGUCGAUGACAGUACGCGCCUUCUGCAAGGACAUCGAGAAUGGUCACGUGAGAGUUCACUCGGACAACUCUACUGUGGUGGCAUACCUGAACAGGCUGGGCGGCACACGGUCGCUCGCUCUACUGAACGCCACGCUGGAUCUAUGGCAGUGGUGCGCCGACAGGAACCUGUCUCUAUCAGCGAAACACAUCGCAGGCAGGGAGAACAUUCGAGCAGAUUUUUGCUCUCGACAUUUUUCCGUAGCAACGGAGUGGUCUCUGGAGCGGAAUACGUUCCUGAGCCUUCAGGCAACAAUUCCACUACUCAGUCAGGGGGUGGAUCUGUUCGCCAGCAGAACCAACCGACAACUGGAGCAGUACGUGUCGUGGCAUCCAGAAGCGGAAGCCAUGGGAACAGACGCCUUCACACUACGGUGGAACGAGUGGGAACUAGCGUACGCAUUUCCCCCCUUCAAGCUGAUCCCGCCAACACUGCAGAAAGUGCGGGAGGACAGAGCUCAGGUGAUCCUGAUAGCACCAGUGUGGGACACUGCGGUAUGGUAUCCCGUUCUACUAGAAAUGGUGGUGGAAGAACCGAUUCUCCUACCCCAGCACGAGCAUCUCCUGAUCCAGGUAGAGUCCGGGCUGCCGCACCCAGAGGGCAGCAAGCUGCAACUAGCCGCAUGGCAUGUUUGCGGAGACAACAUGCGGUGUACGGCUUUUCGACAAAGGUUAGCCGAAUUCUACUGGCAUCAUGGAGGGCAGGAACACAACGUCAAUAUUCCUCGGCCUGGGACAAGUGGAGUAGCUGGUGCCGUGGACGGGAUCUUGAUCCCGUUUGUGCUCCUCUGA